AUGGAGGUGCUGGUCCCACGCUUUGAGUUGCCCGCCGACGCCGUGUACUCGGUGUAUCCCGAACAGGGCCACACGGCGACCCACGAUUCCCUCCCGCACAUUGUCUUCAAUGAUCCGAUGCUGCCCUGGGAGGCUAUUGCCAGCUGGAAGGCCGAACGGGCGCCGCCCGGCGACGCGGAUCGCAACCGGGUGCCCUGGCUGGCAUGUCUCGUUUUCAGCCCCGAGGAGCUGACGAUCGCACUGCCUGAGAUGGCCGGCAUAUUUGCACCUACAAGCAUCCGCACCCCGGCAUCUCAGACGGAGUCGUUGGCCGUGCGCAUGCCCAUGGAGGACCUCCUCAAGCUGGCAAAUGGCGAGCCGAAUAUCCCCGAUAUAACGCGUCACCGCUUCUUGGCCCAUGUGAUGCGCAUGAGCACCGCGGGCAUAGCCCACGCCGACCGACCAGAAGAGGAGAGCACUCGGGAUUUCAGUGUGCUCGUGGCGAACCGCGUCGGGCCUCUCGUGGGUGAUCAGGCAAGCCCGAUGAUUGCCCACGUCGUCUCGCUUGAAGGACUGGAGACGCUGAAGAAUUUUCCCUUGGCGACGACGACGAAUUCUGAGUUGUCUCCGCUUCCUCGGCGUGUCGCUCUGGUGUCCUUAUAUAGUUGGUCAUUCACGUGUCUACCACCAGGGGCGCUCAGCGUGGAGGAUACCUUCCGAGUCCUGGCCGACGAUAGCGGCAUGCUCAAGCCCGAUCUACCUCCAGACACGUUCCAUUCAGAUUCGGUAGAGCAGCGCCAGCACAUGUUGCACCGGCUUCAGGAUGGCUAUACUAUAGUCCGGUCGCGAACUGCGGCAGGCGAGACGACGCUGGCCCUGCUGCGCGGACCGCUCACCCCCAGCGUAGUGCCGGCCCUGUCCUGCAGUCUACCCUCCAACAACGGCAGUAAUCUGCAGAUUCUCGAUCCCGCACUGGGUAUGAUGGAUCUGACCUUUGCCAGUGCCUGGUCUCUCGGCCGGACUCUCGCACUGGCAGACCGGGCGUAUACCAUCUCGCUCACCCGGGUGCGCCAUCAGAUUGUGAAGACGGCCACCGCCGAGGCGCGUCAGCAAAUGGCCCCGGCCACCGCUCGCUCGCAUGACUCCUGGCUCGACCUUGUUCCGGCCCUCGAGAGCCUGGUGGAUGGCACAGUAUCGGUGUCGCGCACAACGGACAGCCGCCGGUGGAAACGGCCGGAGAAAUGCCAACCCCACCUGGACCUCUCCUAUGAUGCCGUAGCACCUUUUCUCCACCCAGCCAUAGAUCAAGCCGCAUGCGAGGUUGCCUCGAGCCUCGAUCCGAAACCGGAGGGUUGGACCCUCGCUGCUCCGCCGCCGUACGACCAGUAUGACGAGCCCGCCUCCCCCGACUGGAUGAUUGUCCUCCGGUUCAUUCUGGACUUGUACAACCUUGUCAACAUUCCCGCCCAUUACCUACUGCCAGACCAGAGCUCUUUGCCAGGGGAGAGCCUCCGCUUCUUCUUCAUCGACCACAACUGGAUUGACGCUCUCGUCGACGGUGCCCUCAGCCCGGGAAAUCACAGCGGGACAGACCGGGAGAAUUUGGGAGACAAUAACCAUGACAAACCAGCUCAGUUCGAUGACCCUGCACGUGAAGUCAUCAAGAAAGCUUUCAGUCGCUUCUUGAACGAGCCGCUUUGUGGCAAGCAACUACCAGCCAUUCCGCGCUUCGGAUUCUACCUGCGCUCCACCGUCGUCGCCCAGUUCCCUGACCUGAAAGUUUCCGCCUAUCCUCCUGACCAGCAAGCCGAUUCCAAACCCAUGCUGCUGCGUCACGACAUUAUUGACAAGGACACGAUGCUAGGCUUCUUCAGCGAUCAGCCUUUCAAGAACAACAGUCUGCAGGGUUUGCGUUUUGAGCUUCCAGGUCACCAGCAAUACUUCUCUGUAGAUCGUGUCACGGCCUCGGAGAUCCAAAUUAAAUAUCGGCGCCAGUACACCAUGGGCCGCGAUCAAGACCCUCGCCGGAACGAGCCCGCGGCCGAGAUUCGCUGGGGCCGCCAUGAGAAAGGAGCUACCAUCACCGAUCCAGAGUCAAAGACCCGGAACCCCGUCUUCAUCUGGGGUCUGACUCCUGACAGCAACGACCUGCGUCUUCUUCUUGUCGAACGGCUGGCCAAAGAUGUCUAUGAUACCCUCAGAGAAACGAUGGCGAAGGUGAAUCCGGACUGCUUCACUGAGACCAAGGCUACCGCCGCACUCAUAGGCUGUCAACUCCGUAGUUCUUCCUGGCAGGUCAACAUUGACAAUAUGCCCGCUGCCUAA